CAUAUUCAUAAGCAAGUAAAUUAUCUGCUUCUAGAAACCAUUGAGCCUCUUCCACUUUCAUUUGUUUCUGCAUUCCAUUGUAUCUCCGGUUUUCUCUAUCAUUUAUACUCUGUUAAUCUUUCCAGAUAUAUGGAUUUCUUGGGCUGUUCUGAAUUAUUACGAAUUAAGAUCUCUUUUAUCCUUCGUGUGAGGUUUAGUAUCACAAGUAAAAAGUAAUUCUACUGCUCAAACUUGUGGUGUCUGAAAUUGGUGUUUUCACCCCAAUCUCAUCAUUCAUACAUAUUGAACACGAAGAACUGUAAUCAUCUGGCGGGUUGGAUUCUAAACUUGGUUACUGCUAUCCGUUGAUCAAGAUGAAUCAAUUAGCCUAUACAUUUGGAAUUAUAGGAAACGUUAUUUCACUGAUGGUGUACUUUGCGCCUAUGCCAACAUUCUGCCAAAUUUAUCAGAGAAAAUCUACAGAAGGAUUUCAAUCCAUUCCAUAUGUUACUAGUUUAUUUAGUUCAUUAUUUUGGAUCUAUUAUGCAGUUAUCAAGACAAACAGCACUAUGCUUAUUACGAUAAACUCCACUGGCUGUCUCAUACAAAUUACGUAUAUUUGUUUGUACAUUUUUUAUGCAACGAGAGAUACUAUGAUGCAGAUGUUGACUAUGGUUGUUUUGCCAAAUACCAUUGUCUUCAUUCUGAUUAUCGUACUGACUCAACUUCUAAUGAAAGGCGGCGAGCGCACCGAUGCUGUUGGAUGGAUUUGCAUGUUCUUUUCACUAUUAGUAUAUGUUUCACCUUUGUGCAUUGUGAGAAAAGUCAUUCGAACCAAAAGUGUCAAAUACAUGCCAUUUCUUCCAUCGCUUUCCCUCACUAUAAGUGCUGCGGUGUGGUUUCUUUACGGCAUAUUGCAAAAUGACUGCUCUAUAGUGAUUCCGAGUAUGUUUGGCUCCAUCUUUGGUAUACUUCAAUUGAUGCUGUACUUUAUGUACAAGAAUGCAAAGGAAAAUGGCGACGAGGGAAGGGAGGAAAUCAUUGCAAUUGAAGAUGAUAGAGAUGGUUAGAAUGGAUUAUCAGUUCUUAAUGUAAAAUUCAGUUUCUUAUAGAUAAAUGAUAUUUACAUUAUGAAUGUGAAGUUCCACAAAUACUUCAUUUAUAUUAAUGCACAUCUUAUUUUAACUAUGACAUUUUCCAAGCAUUCACUUUAAUUAUUUCAUUUAAUAUGUCUAAUGGUUAUAACAAUUG